AUGAGUUAAUAAGAAAUUGAAUGUAGUACAGAUUGUAAAGGUAUUGGGCUAAAUACUGAAAAAAAAGAGAAAACUCAAAAUAGAAUAACUAUUGAUUAAAUACCUAAUAAAGGAUUAUCAAAUUGCUAUUGCCAACUUUCAAAAGGUCAAAAAUCAAAAUAAUGUCAAAGUAUGGGAAAAUGUAAAUAUAUUUUGGCAAAUGAAGAAAAUCAAUUGUUGGACCUCACUUUAUACAAAUUUUUUAACGAUAUAAGCAAUAGCCCCUCUAGUAUUGAAGCUAUAGCUUAUAAAAAAAUAAUUCAUUGCAUACGAGAUUUUAAUUCGAUCAAAGAUUAAAAUGCUGAGUUGAACCUGAAACUUAAAUUAAUCAAUAAAGCCUUAGAAUUAGAUGACUAAUUCCAAGAUCAAGAACCAAUAGAAGAAAGUUAUCCCAAACUUGCAGCAGAAUUAAAGGACUCUCCUUAAGAUUUUAAGAAUAAUUGUUUUAUAAGAUUUGCCAUUUCGCUAUAAGAAUAGAUAGAUUAGAUUCUGGAUGGGGAAGAAACUUUUUUUUUUUUUUUUUUUAAAUAAGGACUCGAUUGUUCAAUUUAAAAAUCUAUUUAGUUUUUACAAAGAGCAAACUAAAGAGAAAUUGAGUAUUUGGAAGGAACUUCGGGGUGUACAAGUGUUUCUAAAUUAAAAAGCGAUUCUUAUAAAAUAAGUUUAAUCUCUAUUCAAAAAAAAAAAUUGGAUUUUGAACCUCUAAAGAAAGAAAAUCUAUAACUUUUUAACUUUUAUUUAGCUGACUGCUAAGAUCAAGAACGCAAAGUAAUAAAUACAAGCAAUAUAAAUUAUAACAUUCCGAUUGAAAAUUCUUUGGAAUCAUUGAAAGUAGCAUUGAAGUUUUUUGUAAAAGAAAAACUGAAAGAAUUCAAACCACAUAUCAUAAUUUUUUUUUUUGAAAUUUCUAAUACCCUAAUCAAAGAUCCUUAAGUAUUUUAUAAAUUGGUUAAAUCCUUUCAUAAAAUAACCUAAGGAAGAUUAAUAAUUGUUCCUUAGAUAGAUCCAUAAUUUUAAUUUAACAAAAGUGAGAUAAUUUAGUUGUACAUUAAUUGCACUAAUAAUUGUUUUUUAGGAUGUUUAAGAAAUUAAAAUACGCAAAAAUUAGAUUAAAAUAGCAUCAUACAAUAUUAUGAGCAAUUGUACCCUUAUUUUGUUGAAGCAAAUAACUAAAAAAAAUAAUAAUAUUAUCGAAAUUAAUUAAAAUCACUCUAAAUUCAGAGAUAAUAAAUAAAUGAAAAACAAUCUAGAUAAAACCUACAAAAGGAGUUUCCUCUUAUUGACAAAGAAGGAAAUUUAGUCCUUUUGGAGUUGGGUUAAGAAUUUGAUUUUACUCAUACUUAGUAUUUUGUAGAAUAUGAUGAUAACAACAAUGGAGAAUAUGACGGAUAUAUAAUUUUUAUACAAAGCAAAAGAGUUUAAGUAGUAUAUUUUUCAGAACAAAGUCAAUCUAAAAACUCAAAACUAUCAAUUCUCAAAAUUUAUCAAUUUCCAUUACCCCAAAAUUUAAACGGUGUCUAUUUCUAUGAUUCAGAAUAAAAAGUAUUAAUUUAUUUCUUUGGUUACACUGAAACAGCUGAAUUUAGUAGUGAAAUUUAAUUUCUUGAGAUUUCAAAUUAAAUGGCUGAAUGGCAUAUAGUGAAAUAUUAACCAUAAUAAAAAAGAGUAGAUGAUGGUUCCUAUUCUAACCCUUAAUAAAUUAUCAACCUUAUUAAAUGCAGAUCAUAAUUCUCUGUUACUAAAAAUAGAAUUGACGGCUACAAUUGUAUGGAAAGCAAUUCUUAUGUUUGCAUAGGGGGUACUUAUUAUAGUGAUAAGUACAAUUAUGGCUGCAUCAUAUAGGAAGUAGUUAUUGAAUUUAAAUAAAAAGUUUAUUCUACUAAUAUCGUUGAGAAAUCAAAAAUUGAUAAAUUUUAUAAAGAAUGUCCCAACCCAUUACUAAUUAGACUGAACGAUGCUUUUGUUUUGUAUUUUGAAAAAAAUGGAAGCUUCAAUGUCAACAACAAUAAUCCUUCUAUAGUAAAAUUAUGUUUUUGGAAAUCCAGGUAACAUUUAAUUCAAAAUAACAAAAUUAACUUUAAAGAUUCUAAAACUUAACAUUGGUUUUUACAGCUCCAUCAGUAUUUAUCCUCUAAUCAUAUAAACAUAAGAAUGUGUUAAGGAGACCUGUAAGUCGAAAAUUUGUCACGUUUUAGAAUACUCAUAGAAGAAUAGUCUCAUCUAAAACAAUCGUAACUUAUUGAAAACAAAAUUACUCUAAGGAGAUACUUUAUUUUAACAGUAUCAUUUUUUUCAUUAAGAAAUGAAAUUCAUAUAGACUGCAAAUAAUUUUAAGUGAAUUCUCAUUCCUUUCUGAAAUCAAUACAAGAUUUAUAAAGGGAAGAAAGAUAAGAGUUAUAUUAAAAUUCUAUAGAAAAUUUAAAAAAUACCUUCAUCUUCCAUUACAAAGAAUAUGAUCAUUAAUAUCUCUUGUGCUAUAUUGAUGAAACUAAAAAUGUAGUGUUUAAAAGAUUUGUAUUUUAUGAUCUUAAGACAUAAGAUAAUGAUGAUUUUAGAGAUUACUAAGAACUUAUCUAUUAAGACUGGGCAUUCUCUAAAAUAUAUUUAAUUAGAAAAUAGAUAACAUUGAAUGACUGUCAAUUAAGAAUUUAUGAAUGUCACCAUAUACAUUUUUCAGAUAUUAAAGAUUCCUCAGAUGAUAUAUUACAUCAAGUUCCUAUUCAUUAAAUUUAUCUGAUUUCUGAUUUCAAGAGCACCUAUUAAUUAAUUGGAUUUCAUGUUGAAAUAAAAAACGAUGAGAAUUUCGAAGGAUUAGUAUUAACCAAUAAAAAUUAGUAUCAAAUAGUAAAUCAAAAAAAAACCAUUACUCAUACACAAACAAAGCUUAGCAAACCUUUAAAUGUUAAUACAUAAUAGAAAUUUCUUUUUCUAAAAUCCAAGUCCUCAUAUUAUCUUUUUUACAAGAAAUUACAAUUUUAACAAGCAAGCGUAAAAAAUGUCUCCCAAAAUAUAAUUGAAAUCAGAUAUUUGUUUUUGGAUUAAACUUUUUAAGUUUUAUCUGGAAAUACAUUAUUAUGUUCAUUAAAUGAACCUUUACCAAUUUUUGGGCCUUUAGAUGGUUUAAUAAAUACAAUCAAAUUAUAAGAGAAUCUCAUGGAAAUGUAAGUUUUGAUUAACUCAAACACUACGAUUUUUAAAUCAUCCAUAAUAUGUCGAGUUAAUUAAGAAACAAAUAAACUUGACCAGCUUAAUGUGAAUUCAUAAACACCUUCUAAGAAUGAAGGAUUCAAUAUGUUUCCCUCAAUCUAAUCAAAUAGAAAGAAAGGAGAUUACAUAGUUAAAUAGUCUAAGGAUCAUUCUAAAAUUUGCUGCGAAUGA